UCUGUGCUCAGUUCUCUCACAAACACCAUCUCUGUUUGUCUCUCAGGAUUCUCUUGCGUUUGCUAUCUUUCUGUGUGGCUAAGCAUUUUAGGAUUAGAUCUGAGUUUAAUUGUGCUAGCCAUUUUUCUCUGAUUCUCAAAGCAUAAUGGCUGAAUUCGCCCUCAACUUCGUCAGCCCAAUCAUAAAGUUUGCAGUCUCUAAAGCAAUUUCAUUUGCUGCUCCACAAAUCAGCACGGCAUGGGGUCUGGAGAAGGAGCUGGGGGAGCUUGCUCAAACGCUGACUAUGAUCCAAGGAUUGCUUCAAGAUGCUGAAGAGAGGCAAGAAAGCGAUCCAGCCAUAAGGAGUUGGUUACAGAACCUCGCAGAUGCAGCUUAUGAUGCGGUGGAUGUAGUGGAUGAGUACGAGUAUGAGGUUCUUAAGCACAAAGUUCAGACUCAAGGCCGAAAAAUGAAACAGGUGCGCACCUUCUUUGGUGUUUUCAAUCGCGCUGCCUCUCGUCUUAGCAUGGCUGAUAAGAUUAGGAAGAUUAAUAAGACUCUGGAUAAAAUCUACAACAAAGGGGUUUUGUAUCUGUCAAUCAGAUUUAGUGGCCAAUGUCAUUCCACUGCUGGUGCAAGGCAAUAUCCUAAGACAGAUCCCCACCCUGAUCGUUUCAAAUUUGUAGGAAGGGAUAAUGAUGUCUUAGAAAUUGUCAACAAGCUGGAUAACAUAAGGAGUCAACAUAUCCUCUCUGGCAUUUCAAUAGUAGGCUUUGGGGGCAUAGGCAAGACAACAUUAGCGAAGUCAAUAUGGAGUAUGGUAAAAGAACAAAAGUUGUAUGACCUGGUGGCUUGGGUUUGUGUGUCUGAGGAAUUUGAUGAAAAAAUAAUAUUAGGAGAUAUGUUAGAAUACCUUGGUAGCUCUGUUGGUCGAAUGAAUAAUAUAGGUGCACUUAUUCAGGAACUUGGACAGAAGUUAGAAAAUAGAAAAUUUCUUCUAGUUCUUGAUGACGUGUGGAAUGAAGAUAGAGGCAAGUGGGAUAGUUUCAAUUCUCGUUUGUUACAAAUUUCAAAAACCAGUGGAAACUCCAUUCUUGUGACUACUCGUAGUGAUAAGGUAGCAUCCAUAAUGGAGGCACUUCCAAUGCAAAAACAUGAUAUGGUAAAGCUAUCAGAUCAUGAAUGCUGGUUGAUAAUUGAGGACAUAGUUCUCAGAUCAUCAACAGAAACUUCAAUACCUUUGGAUUUAGAAGGUAUUGGACAAGAAAUUGCCAAAAAAUGUGGGGGGUUGCCAUUAGUUGCAAGUGUAAUUGGAGGAACAUUGAGUCGUGAAAUGAAGACAGAUAAGUGGCAAGAGAUCCUAGAUGAUAAAGCAUGGAUUUUGCAAGAUGAAAAUAAGAAGAUUUUAUCUAUAUUGAAAAUCAGUUUUGAUCGUUUGCCUUCAUCCUUAAAAAAGUGCUUCUCUUAUUGUUCAAUUUUUCCAAAGGAUGCUGUCAUUUUCAUCGAUGAUUUAAUUCAACUUUGGGUGGCUCAGGGGUUUGUUCACAAAUCUAAUGAAAGCCUUGUGGAAACGGAGGAUAUUGGUAAUGAGUAUUUCAAGGAGUUGUUAUCUAAUUCUUUUUUCCAAGAUAUUGAAUGGGAUUUGUAUGGGAAUAUUGAAUCUUGCAAAAUGCAUGAUCUAGUGCAUGAUCUUGCAUUGCUUGUUUCAAAAGGUAAGACCUUGGUUUGGGACACUAGUUGCAAUUUUGAUGUUCAGGAUUGUAGUACUAUUCGACAUUUGAGAGUCAAGUCCAGGGGAGAGGAUCUUCGAACCAUUCCAAGAAGUGUUGCUCAAAGGCUGCAUUCUUUGUUUUCACAUGCUGAUGUUUUUUGUAGCAUGGCGUCAGAUCUCAAAAGCUUGCGAUCCUUGAAAUUAGUGGGAGGUCGGAAAAAGUUGCCAGCUUCUCUUGGCAAAUUGAAGCAUUUGCGGUACCUUGACAUCUCAAAAACUGAUGUCAGAACAGUACCAAAAUCCUUCUCCAAGCUCUAUAAUUUGCAGACUUCAAAUUCUCUUUAUUGCUAUACUCUUGAAAAGCUUCCCAAUGGCAUGGCAAAUCUCAUCAGCUUGAGGCAUAUCUAUUCUAGUCGUCCAAGUGAUAUAUCGAUCAUGCAGUUAACUUCGCUUCGAACAUUAUCACACUUUGUUGUGGGCACAAAAAAGGGAUGCCGGAUUGAAGACCUUGGACGCUUAAGCCAACUUGGAGGAAAACUGGAGAUUUGGAAGCUUGAACAUGUCAAAUCCAAAUUGGAAGCUUCUAAAGCAAACCUGAAAGAAAAGGAAAAAUUGCAUCAAUUGAAAUUAUACUGGAGUAGUGACUAUGAAAGAGCAGUCAACAACAAUGAUGAAGAGGUUCUAGAAAGCCUUCAACCUCAUUCAAAUUUGAAAAGCCUCACUAUUGAUGGUUACAAAGGAAAGAUGUUCCCAUCUUGGAUGGGGAAUGAUGUCAAUAGUUCUGGUUCUUCAUUCCUUCUUGACAACAUGGUGGAGUUGCGGUUAAGUGAUUGCAAUGAGUGCACGUGUAUUCCGAGUUUGGGACUAUUGCCUUUUCUCAAGGUCCUUUACAUUGGACGAAUGGAAAAUGUUAGAAGAAUGGGCCACAAGCUUCAGCCUGGUGGAGCAGAAUCAAUCAAAUUGUUCCCAGCUUUGAAAACACUCACUGUAGAUGGCAUGCAAAGGCUAGAAGAAUGGGUUGAAGUUGUUGAGGAUGCAGCUGUAGGGAGCCAAGGUGUGAUCGUGUUUCCUUGCCUUGAGGGUGUAGGGAUUUCUGAUUGUCCUUUGUUGAAGACCUGGUCGAUGGGCGGAUUUUCAUCCCAUCAUAAGCUCUCUGUGUUGUGGAUAGAGCAGUGUUGGAAACUGAUGGCUAUCCCUAGUUUAGAUGGGCUCUCAACUCUUAAAAGGUUUGGGCUCGUGGGCAAUAAUGGAUUAACAAGUCUACCAAUUGGGCUUGGAUCUUGCAUCUCUCUUCAGUUCUUGCAAAUUGGAAGUUGCCAAAAUCUGAACUCCAUUCCAAUUAUGAAUGGGUUUACAUCUCUUGAAUGCCUCUGCCUUUCUCGUUCCGAUGGAUUAACGUGUCUUCCAAUUGGGCUGGACUCUUGCAUUUCACUUCAGAAGUUGAAAAUUGAAUUUUGCCCUAAUUUAAUUUCUAUUUCUGACGAUAUCAAGAAAUUGCGUUCUCUCAGUAUUCUUGUAAUAGAAGAUUGCGAAAAUCUAAGGAGCCUUCCAGAGGAGUGGCUAGAUAGCCUCACCCGCUUGAAGAAGUUACGCCUUGGUCCUUUUUGUUCGGAGUUGGAGGAAUUCCCAGGAUUGACCUCCAUUCAUCAAUUCCACCCCUCGCUUGAAUUAUUGGUCCUGUCCGGAUGGGAUAAACUAAAGUCUCUGCCACAUCAGCUUCGACAUCUCACUGCCCUCAAGCAAUUAAGGUUAAACUACUUCAAUGGCCUGGAAGCUUUGCCAGAGUGGUUGGGAGACUUCUCUUCUCUUCAUUGGCUGGGUAUUGGGAGUUGCUCUAAUUUGACUCAUCUGCCUUCUAUUGAAGCCAUGCGAGGCCUCUGCAACUUAAAAUAUCUUGAAAUUUGGUGUUGUCCGAAAUUGAAGAAAAGAUGCGCCAAAAAGAGGGGCCCCGAAUGGUCCAAGAUCUCCCACAUUCCCAAUAUCGAGAUAGGGUCGAAGGACGUGCAGGGGGAAUCCCAAUCUUCCGAUGGUAUGUUUAAUUUCUGGAACCCUAAUCCCUUCACUCGACAUCAUUUAAGUAUUAUGCUAAUCAGAAAUUUAACGGCUGUAAAGCAUUUCUUUUUAAUCUUUUACUUUGGAAAAAAAACACGUCCUCUCCUCUAAAACAUAUUAUGUUAUUCAAAUAAUCAAGUUAUAGUCUUUGACCAAAUUUCGGUGAUUCAUGCCGAUUCAGAUUUCUGGUUCUAAAUAUUUAUGCGCAUCUGCUCAGACCUCACGGUUCCUCUAAAGCUAGUGAGUUCCUGAAUUCCUUUCUGCAAUCCUUCUGUUCAUUUUUAUUUUCAUUCCAAUUCCAUAGCUAUGUUUUUUUACCAAUAGGUCCUUUGUUAUUUUCAUAAUUCUUUGAGUAGCCAUGGUCUAAUUGUGAACUGAUGCAUAAUCAAAUGCUUAGAUUAGCCAACUGUAAAUCUCUAGAGUAGAAGACUGGCAAGACUAACAAUCAGAAGCUUUCAUUUUUGAGGUCUGCUUUCUUUUCUCUAUAAACCAACUUUUAGAUUUUGAGUAUGAUUUUUUUUUUCUUUUGUGUUUUUCUUUGUUCAAUUCAGUUUUGUUCAACUAUGUUCCUUAAAAUAAUUACAGGCAAUCUAAUUUUCCUGAUCUGAAACCAAAAAAAUAUCAUAAUGAGUGGAGGGAAUUUUCACACUAGGGACCCAACCAGAUGAGUAGUCCUCUCUUUGAAUUGUUGAGGCUCAUAAACAGAUUUAGCUAUUCUACAGCCAUGUAGUUUUCGAAUUAUGACCACAUUUUGAGGUGCAAGUUUACUGGUAUUUAGACAUUUGUCUUGCUGAUCAAAGUCUUGUCCUGUCUUGGACUGCCAGUUUAAGUGGUCUGCCCUACAAAGGUCGGUUGUGAAACAAAAAUCAUCUUUUAAUUAAGAUUUGAUUUUAUUUUGGCAGGAUUUUACUUCACUUUAGUGAUUAUGAUUCACCAAUAAAAGUUAUAUAUAAGUUUAGCAAAAAGGAUAUUCUUCUUUACUUGGUUAAGGAAUGAUCUGUAAAAAUCUAUAUUGACACAUUUUCAAUCAUGGUUGUUGAAAUUUCUUCAG